AUCAUCAAGAACCAACAUCUUCUUCUCUCAUUGAAAAGAUGAAAGUGAUAAUCCUUUUGGUUUUAAUUGCCACGUGUCUUGUUGUACGUGGGGCGCCUCAAAAUGAUGCAAGUGCAGUUGUGGUUAAAAGCAAUUUUGAUAGUAAUCUUGGUGGAUAUAGCUUUGAAUACGAAACUAGUAAUGGGAUUCAAGCGAGUGAAAAUGGACAAAUUUUGAAUCAAGGCGCUGAAAAUGAAGGAAUUGCCGUUCAAGGGCAAUAUCGGUAUGUAGCACCUGAUGGUGUUGCUUAUUCUGUACAAUAUACUGCUGAUGAAAAUGGAUUUAGACCACAAGGAGAUCAUUUACCAACAUUACCUUAA